AUGAAAACAUUAUAUCACGAAGAUAUAAUAAUUUUCUUAUCAAUAGAAAGUUUAGAAGAAAUCCUAAGCGUGUUUAAAAAUAUCGGAGGAAUAAAAGGACGUUUUCAUAAAUUUAUAAGUUUUAAAAAUAAAUCAGAUAUAUCUUUUUUUUUUAAUUCUAGGGAUUAUUUAUUUUUAAAAAAGGAACCAGGUAAAAUAAUAGACGAAAAGUAUAAAUUAUUAACAAACAAUAAGGUAGAUGACAAAAAUAUACAUGAAAAUAAUACAUUUGAAGAUAAAAAUAUAUGUGAAAAACAAACAAACAUAGAUGUAGAACCUAGAGGGCCAUUUGAAAAAGGAGAAGAAAAAAUACUUGAAGCUAUAUCGUUAGAAAAUAAACAGAACAAUGCAAAAGACAUAAAUGAUUGCAGGUUACACAUUUCCAAAAAUAAAAAUGUAGAAAAUGAAGAAGAUAAUAAUAAUUUAAAAAAAACGGAAAACAAAAAUGAUAGCAAAAUUUCCAAUCUUAAAUAUACAUAUGAUGAAUAUGAAAUGAUUAUUGAAGAAGUUUAUAAACAUUUAUAUAAAAACGAAACAUAUACACCUAUGUCAGAAAAAAACAAAAUGGUAAUUGAACUUAUUAUAGAAACUAUAAUUUAUGGAAAUAAAAUAAAAUUAAAUAUUUACAAACUGAAUUUAUUCAUAUCAAUUGUAAUCAUGACCUUGUAUCAAAUUAUGGAAAACUUAGGUGUAAAAGAAAAAAAAAAAAAAAAAACUAUAAAUUAUUUUAUAACUUUAUUAAAGAAAAAUAUACAGUAUAAUAAUUCACCUGAACAAAAUAAAAAAAUAAAAGAUACACAAAAUAAUACACGUUCUGAAGUAAAUAUAAAUACCCAUAAUGAAAAACAUAUAACUAUUCCAAAUCAAGAAAAGGAUAAUGACAAUAAUGUAAAGAAUAAUAAUACGAUUAUAAAAAAUGAUAAUAAGGAUAUUAUAAAAAUCAAAAAAAAUACUAUAAAAAAUGAUAAAAGAAAACAAAGUAGUAACACAAGUAUGAAUCUUAAAGAUACAAAGGAAGACAACAUUUUAAUAAAUAGUACUAAUGAAGUUAAAAUAAAUGAAGAAAAAGAAACCAAAAAUGACAUAAUAUUUUUUAAUUAUGAAGAAGCAAAAUAUAUAAUAAAAUAUAUGUUUGAAAAUAUUUUCUCUAUAUAUAACAUCUUAGAAUAUAUGUUUUUAUUUCCAUCUUAUCCAGUUCAUUUGUGUUUCACAAAUUACUGUUCUUUUGUAUCUCCCCCUGAGCCCUUAUCUUUAAAGGAUGAAAUAAAGGAAGAUGAACAAAGGAAUGAAGACAAUAAGUUCAGUACUAAUGCUUAUAUUUCCCACGUGUUACAUAUACCUUUAUAUGUACUUGACAAGUUUUACAAUAACCUUAAUGAUUUACAAGAAAAAAUCGAUAAUGCUUUAACAUUAAUGUAA